AUGAGGACUUUACUGUUUAUGCUGUUUGUUACAACAGUGGAGACUCAAAUCUCUACCACAAAAGACGCCUCUCAAUUGCGGUCGGUUUUACCAUCGAAGGCUCCCGAAGACGCCGGAAUACAAGGUAAGUCAAAUGGUUUGCCCCGCAAAGAAAAAAAACAUAAGGUAAGUAUAAAAAUAUAUGCCUUUGUCUUUAUGGCCGGUAGCCGAUCAAGCUUUUCAAAACACUAAAUGACCAGCAGUCCGAUAUUUUUUAAAAAAAAUAACAAUUCAAAGAAUCCUAGCCGAUCCAAACUGUAUCAUAUAUCGAUUAAGAAAAUUCAAUCGAUCCUGAAAUGCUAUACAGAUCUGAAGUCUAGCGCUUGAUCCACGCUGGGUUCAGAAAACGAAACCGUGUUCUGUUACAUUUAGUUUUUCAUCGAAUGCUGACCAGAAACACUAAUUAAGUGACGUAUGCAAGUAAUCCCCUACCUCUCGUCUGCGUGGGAGGCUACUAAGUGACCAGCAGUCCGAUAUCUUGACCAAUUUGAAUAUUCAAAGAAUCAGUAACUCUGGAAUGUUUAUGUGCAUUCCUUUGGUGAAAAUCGUCCAACCUAAGUCGUUUGGUACCUAAGAUUUAAUACAGGUAUCUUCGAGAAUCGAGAACUUGUUGUCUCCUCAACUGUAAAGAGUCGGCGCAAAAAUUUUGGGCACGUCAAACAAGUCACACAACUAAUGGUCACUAAAGUGUUACACCGGAAGUUGAAGAAUAUCAUUCUCUCUACCUUAAUGAGGGGCACCCAACGACGGUUUUCUGUAAAAUAUCUGUUCGAUCAGAAGCAGAUAUUGCCUAGAAUUUUCUAUAGCUUGAGGACGACUAAAAAAUUCUAAAUCAACCUAAUAAAUUUCCUACGAUUUUCUGAAGUUUAAUUUUUCACAUUUCACUGCCCAGGUUAGGCUACUUUUCUUGCGAAAAAGAAACCUAAAAUUUGGAGAUUCGAAAAUGUGAUGGAGAGAGGAAUCAGAAUGAUACUGAAAAGAAAACAAGCUUGAAAAAGACAAAAGAGGUGCAUACGCAAGCAUGACCUGAACAGAAAAAAUCUUUGAAUUAAAAGAUUUAACCAUAUUCAGAACAGGGGGGCUUGAGGUCCCUCCCUUGUUAAAAAGUUAAAUAACUUCAAAACCGUUCAAGCUAUGACCUCCAAAUUUAGCGACUUUUCAUGAAAUUUAACUGGGGACAUUUUAAAAUGGUCGUGACGUCUACGUCAACAACCGAAUUUUGACAACCAUGUUUAAUUUUUUUCAAUUCGCAUUUUUUCGGUUUUAUUUCUAUUUUACUUAUUGAAUUCCUAUAUUACACUAAAUUUAGCAUUAUUAUAUCAAAUUUAUUAUAACUGCUACUGUUUUCCAGGGUAUUUGGUGACUAAUUUGGGAAAAGUAUGAAUUAAAAUGACCCGCAAAUGACAGUAAGUUCAAUUUUCUUUCCGAAGUUCAUACCUUAUAGUUUCUUUUGCUUCCUAAGCAUCCUUUUAUACACAGAUAAAAUUCCCUAUCACGAUUACCUCGAUUUGUAUGAGUUUUAAGCAAAAUAAAAUACAUUUAUUAAAUUAAUUCAGAAUUGCUAAUCCAAAAUAGCAGAUGGGUCUAGUUCUUUCUUAAAUGACGUCAUCGUGUCAUCACUGCUAUUAUUAAAUUUUAAUAUUGUGUUCAGUAGCCAACUCUUGAUUUUAUCAGACACCUUACUAUUGGCUACUUUGAAGGGAAUUUGGAUUCUGUCAGUAAAUUCAACAAUAUGGCGUGAAUGACGUCAAAUUAUGUCAUUGUGUUAAUCAAGCUACGUUUAAAUGUUGGAAAUGAUAAGUACAUUAUUUUGUGUAAUAUUAGUGGCCGUAUCAUGAACGGUUUUGAAUUUAUAGAGGGGUAGGGUCUGAAAAGGGUUAAAGAGGAACCUUUUGGGUUAUUUAUAUAAUCAACGUGUUUUGUGCUGGGGAAUUCUUCUAAAAAUACCUCAAAUCGAUGAGCAGUGCACCUCAGCUUGCGAUAGGAUCAUCCGCUACUGGUCAGCGGAUGCUCCACUUUAACAGCUGUCAACUGACUUGGAAACGUCGGUUUUCACUUUAAUAACAAGCAAGGCAGCGAGGCUGAUACUGCGAUCCUAAAAAAAAUUAGUUUUCAAGGCAUCAACAUGACACAAAAAACUCUCGAGAACGAGGCAUUCAGCUCCAAGACAGACUGCUCAUUUGAACUCAUCAGGUGCAGAUGGCUGAUAGAAUUAUAUAAACUGACUCCAGAAUCUCUGUUGAAGGCUAUCCCAGCUUGGAAAAAAACAAAAUGAACAUUCCAUAUCACGUGUCUUCCACAAUUCAUCAACAGUGUCAUGUUGAUGUCUCGGAAUAAAUGACAUGCCAUAACAUGAAGCAGUCAGUCUGUUUGUCUCACGGUCACGUUACAGCCAAAAUUUCUUGGAUGGAUACACUAUCAGAUUUUCGUAAUUGGCGUAGCUCUACUUUUAUACUUAAUUGCGUUGCCACUGUAUAUUCCCAACAGUGCCAGAAGCAUUUCUGUUGUAUUCAAAUCCUAAAGAUAUCAGGAGAAUCUCUCUGGACACCAAUAAUGAUGCAGUGAUUCCAUUGGUUGGUGUCAAAGAGGCAAAUGCUCUAGACUUCAAUGUACAGGAGAUGCAAAUCUACUGGACAGAUACAUCCCUCAAGUCUAUAAACAGAGCUUUCCUCAAUGGAAGCCAAAUUGAGCACUUGAUUGUUGUGGACUUGCCUCACCCUGAUGGUUUGGCUGUGGACUGGAUAGCCAAAAACCUGUACUGGACAGACUCUAAACACCAGAGAAUAGAAGUGGCAAGACUUAAUGGACAGCACAGGAAGAUGUUGAUUUGGAGGGACUUGUGGAAGCCGCGUGAACUUGCUGUCAAUCCAGUAUCGGGGUAGGCGUGCAAAGGACAAAUAAAAUUUCUCGAUGAAUCCUUUACGGAGUUUCUUGCUGAAUUUUUUCAAGACACAAAUUUGAAACCACACAGAGCGUAGAUUUAAAGUUAAAUUUCCCAGACUGUUCAGUGCCGUAGCCAGACCAAACGGCCAACCGAGGCAGGCGGGAGUUGCUAGGGGGGUUCGGGGGCAUGCAUGAACUUUAGUCUCUCGGAAAUGCGAUUUGCAGCGUUUUCUGGGCCUUUCGGUAACUUUUUUUCGAGUUAAUUUAAGUGGAAUUUAAAAAGCAAUAAUCAGAAACUAGCUACAUAAUCUGGGUGACCGUUAACCUGGCCAAUGGUUUUGAUCAGUAUUUGUUCAAAAAAAAUUUGAGUUAACGUACGUAGCCCCUUGAGAUCGAUGAUAUGGUAAUUUUUUCAUAGUAUAUUGACUGAAUUGCUGAAUUCUUUGUAAUAUCAUGAUGCGUUAAAAAUAUCCGAUGAUCGCUUAUGUAAAAUAAAAAUGAUCGGCGAAAUUCGUCAAAAUUUUACCGAGGCGAGUGCCUCGGUUGGCCUCAUACUAGCUACGGCGCUGCUGUUGUGAUAAUGAAGGUCAAUUCUCAGUCUGCAAGUUUCAUGCUUUGCUGACCUUGAUGUUAACUUUCACCAAAAGAAACUAAGAGCCCAAGUUCAAUUGAAAGUCGAGGGUGCAUUGAAGAAGGCCCUACGCAACUACUGACUUCAUGUCGCAGAAAUUCUUCGCUUAAUAUUUACAAAAGAUCAUAAGUCUAUUUGAAUAAAGAAUCUAGCAUUUUAUUCAGUGCCAGCCACCCUUUCAAUUUAUGAUAUGAAAAUUGGUACGUUUUUAGCAAUACUGAAAACAUUCCAACGUUUUCUACUAGAGUAGUUCUCAAAUACCUGCUUUGUUUGUGUAAUGGCAGGUUUGGUUAAGGUCUUUCUUAUUUGUACUACAGACAUAUGUACUGGGCAAAUGGAGGAAGGGAGCCUACAAUAGAAAGAGCUGACUUGGAUGGCUCUAACAGACACACCGUGAUUGCCAAUGUAACACGUCCAACUGGCUUGACAAUUGACUAUUCAUUGGGGCUCAUUUUCUGGGUUGAUAUUGAGAACCAGGUUAUUGAGUGUGCAAACUUAGAUGGAACAAACCGUCGAGUAGUUGCGUCAGGUCUUCCCAUGCCUUUUGCCUUAACACAGUGCAAGGAUUAUAUUUACUGGACUGACCAUGCGCUUAACUCGAUCUAUCGUGCCAACAAGACAAAUGGAUUGGACCAGACAAGAAUCAAAUCCCACACUGAUGGCAUUACGGAUAUUCUAGUGUUUCACAGCAGUAGGCAAGAAGGUUUGUGUAUAAUCAUUAUUUUGAUACUGUUAUCCCUACAAGGCCAAAUAUAAUUGUACAUUUAUUUCCUGUGGUACUGUAUUUGUAGGACAACCAUGACCAUUAUUAUAAUCUGAUGUAUGUCUGUCGAUAGCCUGAAAGGAACAAAUGUAUGUAGGUUUAAAGAUAGGGUUUGAAGAUUAAUACAUUUUCAUGAAGGCAACUUAGAUCAGCAAGGGUGGUCCUCAACCUACCCUAAACUAACAGUAAUCACUGAUUAAUAAAGUGUAUCAGAUUCCAGAUCAUGCGUGAUAAUGCAUGGUUUGGCAAUUGGGAAAGUGUGUGAUGGAAGUUGGAAGCAGCUCUGUAUUGAAAUGAAUUUACAACCUUAAAUACAGAUAGUAAACAGCAUGUGUACUUAGAUGCAUUAAAAAAAUGAUGAUACUUCAAAAUUAAAAGACUACGGAGUAUGCAGGAUUGAAGUAAUGGAAUUUCCUCAAAAGCUCCUGUACUAGAACUGGAUCUCAGUACUGCACUGUUACAUGUAAAUGGACAGAAAUUUUAUGAUGUGUUCAAAGGAGAAUCACGUGAAGAUAAUGCACGUUUAAUUUUGUUUUAAUUCAGGAAUCAUCAUUUGUAAACUUUUUGCUAUUUUCUUUUGAUGGUGUUUCCAAAGGACUUAAAAGGCGUUUUAUGCCUAAAUUGCACCUUAGACAACCUCUCUGUAAUCAAGAGUUUAAAGAAGUUGUUUCCAGUUUAUUUUGGAACUUGUCUGGUGAGCUUUGCCUAACACGUUUGCUUGUUUAUUUAGGAUGGAAUUCCUGUGCCAGGCAUAAUGGCGGAUGCAGCCACCUUUGCCUGGCUAAACAAGGCAAACGAAUGGUGUGUUCCUGCCCAACUCACUACACCCUGUCGUCAACAGACAAUAAGACUUGCAAUGGUUAG